CGGUACCCUUGGCUUUCUCUUCAGUCUACAGCAAUUUUCUUCUUCUUCCUCACUCUCUCUCUAAACCCCCAACAUUCCCAUUUUUCAGAUGGCAUUGGAAACUGUGGCUCGCCCGGCUACACCGAGCGCCCAAGUUGUUGGAAAUGCUUUCGUCGAGCAGUAUUACCACAUUCUCUACAACUCUCCAGAUUUGGCUCAUAGGUUCUAUCAUGAUUCGAGUGUGAUUAGCCGGCCGGAUUCCAAUGGUGUGAUGACAUCAGUGACAACCAUGCAAGGUAUUAAUGAGAAGAUUCUUUCCGUAGAUUACACAAAUCAUAAGGCCGAGAUUAAUACCGCUGAUGCCCAGAAAUCUUACAUGGAAGGAGUAACUGUAUUGGUCACUGGAUGUCUAACGGGCAAGGAUAACUUGAAGAGAAAAUUUGCGCAAUCUUUUUUCCUCGCCCCUCAAGACAAUGGGUAUUUCGUUCUGAACGAUGUAUUUAGGUACGUAGGAGACGGUGAACCCUUGGGGAAACAUAAAGUUAAUGGUGUUAACGAUGCUCCUAGAGUGCCUCCAACACCAGAACCUGAGCCUACACAAAUUCCCGAUCCUCCUGCACCUGUGGAAGAGAACCAAAAUGUUGCUGAACAAGUUCACGAACCAUCAGACCCAGAAAAACAAUUGGUCAAUGAAAAAAUGCCUGAUGUGAAGUCCCACUCUCAUUCAAACAGUGAUGAUAUUCCUGCAGUUGUUGAAUCAGCUUCUCCUUCGGCCCAAGACGAUUCUGUAAAGAAAUCCUAUGCAUCAAUCGUGAAAGUAGCAAAAGGAAGUCCAGGGCCAACUAGAGUGUAUGUACCUUCUAAUACUACAGAAGUGACGCCCAAGAAAACGGAGAAGCAGCCUCCUGUUUCUGCAGUGUCUGCUCCACCAGAAGCAACAGCACCUUCUAGUGACGAUGCUCUGGAGAGUAACAACAUUCCCGAGGAAGUUGAAGGCCAUUCCAUUUACAUUAGAAACUUGCCCUUCAAUAUGACGGCUGCACAGCUCAAGCAGGAGUUUAAUAAGUUUGGACCAAUCAAGCAAGGGGGUGUCCAAGUUAGGAACAAUAGGCAACAAGGGUACUGUUUCGGUUUUGUUGAAUUUCUCUCGGUGAGCUCCAUGAAUGAUGCGAUUCAGGCUUCACCGAUUACAAUCGGAGAGCGUCACGCUGUCGUGGAGAUAAAGAGAACUUCAACUAGAGUUGUUAAUGGAAGAGGUAGUUUCCCUUCCCGAAGAGGAACGUUUCGAAACGACAGCUUCAGGGGACGAAACUACAGUGGUAACCAAAGCUUUGGAAGAAAUGAAUAUGGAAACCAAGUUGAAUUCUCCGGUCGACCUAGGGGGGGUUCGGCGGGGCGUGAUGGGAGAGGGAGAGGGAGAGGUAACCAUUCAAGUCGACCGAACCAGAAUUUGGCUUCUACUUGAAAAUCCCGUAAGAGUAAGCUCAUUUUUAUGCGGAAAAAUUGAUCGAGAAGUCGGAUUUAGCGACGAUUGUAGCGAUUCGUUUGACAAAGGAAUUGGAAGGGUUGGAUUGAAUUGAAUGUUAAUAUGAGACCUUGGAGACUUUUAGAGAAUUUUUUGUAUGGAGGUGUUACCAUUACAAACAUGAAGGGACUUUAAGUUUCUCUUCUGAUUUUAUUACAUUGUUUGACAAUUGGAAAUUAUUUGAGUUCC